ACAAAUGCAGUUAAUGUAGGAGCUAUUGUGAUAAAUGGCUUGAAAUUAAUGUGUGCUUGCCUCACUAUGUUGUUCUUGUUGUUUUACUCUAGACAAAGAAGUGAAUUAUUUUGAAAGUUAAAGCAUGGACUUCAGAAUCGCAUCAGUGAUCUUACUUCUACACAUUUCAGGCUCGCUAACAUUGAACCGCAUCUCUGUGACCUGUGAAAACAUUUGUGCUCUGAGGGAAACCAACGUGCAGUUGAAGUGUUCUUACGAUGACACCAACAUCAAAACUGUGUUCUGGUUCAUCGAGAAACAAAGUACAAACUGGAGAAAAAACAAUGAACCUGAAGAUUUGACUUUAGACUCAGACUACUCAGGACGGGUGAAGCAGAUCAUUGGUAAAUACGAAGCAGAACUCACAAUAGCAGACGUGAGAGAAAGAGACUCUGGAGAAUAUCAGCUCAUGUUCAUCAUGAAGGAUGGAGUUAAACAUCUCAGCUCAGCGGCCAUCAUUCUAACAGUCACAGAUCUUAUCCUGCAGGUGAGGAUGAAUCCUGCUUCUACAGACCAGAGAAAUGAGACAGUAGAACUGAUCUGUGAGACUUCCUGUGAUUUGACGUCCAUACCUAAGAAUUACUACUGGAAAAAAAAUGGACAAUAUGAAAAAAGUCUCAGUCAUUCCAGGAGCAUUGAAGUUUCACUCGAAGCUGCUGCCAGUUACUCCUGUUUUCUUACUAUAGAUCUUAUGAACUCCUCCUCUCCUGUGUGCAUUUCUAAGAGUGGCUGCUGGGAUGUGACUUACACCUCUAGAAGAGUCUGUGCUUUGGUGGGCUCAACAGUAGACAUUUCCUGCACAUACUCACAUCCCUCUGGUUCUACUGUAUAUAAUACAUUCUGGCAUUACGUUCAGCCUGGGGGAUUCAAGGAUCUGCGUGAGGACCAGGAUUUUGCUGGUCGUGUGGAGUAUGUGGGGAACAAACUGAGAGUCAAAGAACUCAAGAUCAGCGACUCUGGAGAAUAUCGAUUCAGGUUCAUCACUGACUUAGACCAAUACUCUGGAUCACCUGGAGUCAUUUUUACUGUUACAGAUACUCAGGUGAAAAGCAGCCUAUCUGUUGUAUCAGAGGGACAGGAAGUGAUAUUAAGCUGUUCAACUAAAUGCACUCUGAACAACAAACAUACUUACAUCUGGUACAAGAACGGACGACAGGUAACGAAUGGAUUCACUAAAGCUAACAAGCUGUACCUGGACUCAGCCAGCAAUGAAGAGCUUCACCAGUAUUCCUGUGCUGUAGAAGAAAUCGAGUCGAACACAGUUUUACUAAGCACUGUAAUCAUACUGUCCGUGUUUCUGAUUCUUGCACUCAUAGGAGUCCUGUGGUACAGUUUAAACAGGAGAAGAAAGACUAAUUCACCUCAACAACAUGAGGACAAUAAGGGGAGUGUACAGUCAGGUUCUGCUGCGCUGUAUGAUAAUGCUGUAGCCUUGUCUACAGUCUGCACACAAGAAGUUCACAUAAAGGAUCAGGACGUUCAUUAUUCAACUAUUAAUUUCAAGCAGUCUCACACAAAGAACAUAGCUUCGGUUCCUACUGCUGUUAAUUCAACCACAGAUGAUGUUCAUUAUGCUGCUGUGAAGUUCAGCUGAACCUUAGCUAAGCCCCAGCUUAAAAUGUACCUACAGUACUGAACAACCCAACUAUUGCUGUCUGCCGUAUUGUGACCAAGCUUUUGCUCAUAUCAAAUGUCUAUGAAUGUCCUGUAUAUUUGCAUAGUUUUACAGAAUUUACUCAAAUUUAUGGACAAAAUGUUGAAGUGAGUGACUCAUAGAUGCCCGUAGAUAAUAUAUGUAGUUUU